AUGGCUGUAGCAACCCCUCCCACACACCAGCAAACGCGGCGCUUGGCACCCGGACUGAGUCCAGCGACUGCUAGACUCAAGUAUCAUGUCGACCUUGACGAGACGUGCCGGCGACAGGCCUUCAAGCAUAACCGCGUCACCCAGCAGCUGAAGCUCAACUCCCGCGUCAACCACAUGACCCGCCAGCGCAAGGCCUCAACUCCGCGCCAACGCUGGGCCCACGAAGACGAGGACAACCACCGGCUAGCCCGCGACCGCACCAUCGCGCUGCCCGGCGACGGAACCGGCAACAAGCCGCGCCUGCAGCGCCAGGAGGCAUUCCGCGCGCCCAGCAGCAGCAGCAGCGCAUGGCUCUACACCGAAAUGGUGGACGAUGACGACGCGGACCUGUACCAUCUAGGCCUGCUGUACGACGACGAGCAGGCCGGUUUCGGGCUCGACGCCAUCGCGCACUCCGAUCCCGUGUACGCACUCCGCCCAGCGAACCCCGCGCGCAAGCGCUGCGUGGGACGGUUAGAGAGCAAUGCUCCGGGGUUGGCGCCGGACACGUUCGCGUCUCUCGAUGGGUACAUGGAGAUUGCGCGGUAUACGGCGCCUGAUCUGGACGAGAUCUCGUUUCUGGAUACUGAAGCUGGCCAUGAUGGUGGCGUCGCACCGGUAGAGGGUGACCCAAGCGGGCUGCUCUCCAUCAUAUACGAGCUCGUCGAGAGCUCGAUCCGCUCGCUGGUGUCGUCUCCGACAGCGUGCGAUUUUCCUGAUUUGAUUCAUGAUGCUGUCAACGAGGAGAUAGAGGAUGAGGAAGAAUAUGCAGAUGAUGACUGGGCCUUGGUUUCAAAAGCCGCGAACUCAAGUCAUAUUGCCGCUGCCGCCGUCAACGCGCAAUGUCCGCCGCGACCGACGACGCCAGAAUCGUACUGCUGA